CUAAACUCCGCAGUUAGCAGAGUUGUCAGUAAUAUACAACAUGAACUACUUCCGCAGAAAUCUGGUGAUAGCCAAAGAGAGAGGGAAAUAGAUUUAAAAAAAUCCCAACCCUUUAAGUCCAGAAACCACCCUACCUACUGAAGUCAUUCAAUAGGAGGAGUCAUGAAUUGCAGAAGCUUGAAUACAGUUUUGCUUUCUGCUUCCUACUCUACAUUCCACCUACCUCAUCAGUGGCAUUCAGUUAAGUUAGAAAUCUAGUAUGCUAUAAAGAGUAGAUUUUCUGCUUGUUUGUGGAUGUUACAUAUUGUUUUUCUCCGUUUCCACAUGCUGAAAUUGUGUUUCUUCAUCUGUCUGAUGUACUGGGUGAAAUCAGAUGAGGAGAAAAAGUGUCCUGAAUUUACAAAUCUUAAUAUAGGUAAUGCCUUGACUGGAACAAAUCUCGAAGUCCAACUACUGUUAUACACAAGGAAAAAUCCAGAUUGCUCUGAGAAACUCAGUGAACACAAUGUUACAGCAUCUGAGAAUCUUAACACCUCAAAGAAAAUUGUCUUUGUUGUUCAUGGCUUCAGACCAACAGGAUCUUCACCAGUAUGGCUAGGUGACAUAAAGACCCUUUUACUGACUUCAGAGGAUAUUAAUCUUAUUAUAGUUGAUUGGAAUCGUGGUGCUACAACUCUGAAUUAUAAUACUGCUGUUGAAAACACCAAGAAAGUUGCAAAAAUAUUGAAGAACUAUGUUGACCAGAUGCUGGCAGAUGGAGCUUCUCUUGACUCUAUGCAUAUGAUUGGAGUUAGUCUUGGGGCUCAUAUAGCUGGUUUUGUUGGCAAGAAGUAUAAUGGCAAACUUGGCAGAAUUACAGGUCUUGAUCCUGCAGGUCCUUCGUUCUCUCAAGAACCACCAGAAGGGAGAUUGUAUCAUACUGAUGCACAGUUUAUUGACGUAAUUCAUACGGAUAUUGAUGCGCUAGGUUUCAGGAAACCUUUAGGAACCAUUGAUUUCUAUCCGAAUGGAGGAACGGAUCAGCCCGGUUGUCCAAAAACAGUAUUCAGUGGAUUUCAGUAUUUUAAAUGUGAUCAUCAGAGAUCUGUCUUCCUCUUCCUAUCAUCCUUGAAAAGUGGGUGCAACAUAACAGCAUAUCCUUGUGACUCAUACUUGGAUUACCAGAGAGGAAAAUGUGUCGACUGUAAAGCUUUUCAACCAAUGUCCUGUCCUGUACUGGGUUAUUAUGCCGAUAGGUGGAAAGAACUCUUAAUACAAAAUAGUUUACCAACAAAAGCUUAUUUUGAUACUUCGGACCACGAGCCAUUCUGCAGUCUUUCAGCUCCACCCACACCUGCUACCACUGUUCUUCUCGCCUCCUCCUGCCCGCUUUGGACUUUGCUCUUCCAUGCUCUCAAAGCUGCCCAGGCCAUGUAUAACUAUUUAUUGGAUAUUAUUACCUGGAAUAAAAAUAUUAGGAGAGGUUUCAUUAGAGUUAAAAUAACAGAUUAUGCUGGAAAGACAGUAGAAUCAAAAAUGAAUAGUGAGGCUGCAACAUUUCAGCAAUACAGAAGAGUCAGAAUACUCACUGGAUUUUAUCAGGAUUUUGAUAAAAUAUCGAGAAUUUCCUUGACCUUUUCUACAAAGACUUUAAUAGGACCAAAAUAUAAGCUCAGGAUUCUCCAGAUGAGGCUGAAAUCUCUUAAUAAUCCAGAAAGGCUGCAGCUGUGCAGAUAUGAUUUCAUAUUGAUGGAGAACACUGAACUGACCUUCAAGCCUAUCCCAUGCCAAGGGAGCGAUAUAGGAAAAGAGAACCUCUACUAACUUAAUUUCUCUUACAGCAGUGACAUUCUGAUUCUUUCUGAGGAUAAAGACUGCAAUGACAAAGGAAAUGAGAGAAGCUAGAUUUAUUUCCAAGAAUCUAUGUGGCAAUAUUCAUUACUUCCUUUGAGUCCCUUAGAGUGAAGUCCAUUGGAAAGUUCAGAUAUCUGUAUAUUUGGGAAAUUUAAAUAAAACAAGUGUAUCAUAGCAGAGAACAUUCAGUGGUUUAUUAGUUAUUAUUUGUUAGCGGUGAGGGGACUACUGGAUUAGAUAGGAAUUAUCUGCAUAAUCUCGGCGCGUUAUUUAUCAAGUCCAUAUGUAUAUUUAUUUAUUCUUUAUAACGGCUUUUACAUUGAAACAUAAUUAUCUAAGUGAAUUUAAUAUACUGUACAUGUGAUCUGUAGAUCUAAUAUACAGCAAUUCUGUUGUGCUUUGUUCGUUGGAUAAAUGAAUUCACAUUUUCUCAUUAAUAUGUCUCAGUCUCUGAGCACUGGAGCAAUAAAAUUUGUGAACAUAUAUGUAAAA